AUGUUCGUUAAGCAGCUCUUGUUGGUCUUGGCCUAUGGUCCGCCUGACCAUGUCUGCUUCACCUUUCUCGCUGGCGACGCCUCGAACGUCGAUGUGACGAUCACCAAGGGUGCAUUUGCCUACCUUGCCACUGAUGUGCUGGUCAAGGACGACAACAUUCACGAAAAGCAAUGCCUCUCUCUCUCUCAGAGAUACAGCCUUGACUUUACCAUUGAGGAUACCAGCAAGUGCUUCUCGAUGUACCCAUCGGCAUCACAACUUGACAUCGCACCAUCAUCACCAUCCAAGUCUGGGUACGCCGAGGCAAUGAGUUACCUCGACGACGGAUUGGCGCCUACGUCGUUGAUGUCGCACCUUGCGCAUCGACAACAAACACACACGCAGCGCUCGUACGACGAUGCCGAGCAAUGGCACACCGACUCCAGCACCGCCAGUGAAAGCGAAUUUGGAUCCGACGACCAACUCGCCCUCCAGCGCGAAUGGGAACAACAGGUAGACCAGUUCAAACUGCUCUUCCAAAUCGUAGUCUGUCCCUUUGUCGGCAAGUUCUUCGGUCGAAAGUUCGGAUACUUUUCCGCCUUCUGGGGAUACACAUGA